UCAGUUUGGGCGGCGGCGGUUCUGUGUCGGCAGAGAUGUCCGGGCGCGGGAAGCAGGGCGGGAAGGCGCGCGCCAAGGCCAAGUCGCGCUCGUCGCGGGCCGGGCUGCAGUUCCCCGUGGGCCGCGUGCACCGCCUGCUGCGCAAGGGCAACUACGCGGAGCGCGUGGGCGCCGGCGCGCCGGUGUACCUGGCGGCCGUUCUGGAGUACCUGACGGCCGAGAUCCUGGAGCUGGCGGGCAACGCGGCCCGCGACAACAAGAAGACGCGCAUCAUCCCCCGCCACCUGCAGCUGGCCAUCCGCAACGACGAGGAGCUCAACAAGCUGCUGGGCAAGGUGACGAUCGCGCAGGGCGGCGUGCUGCCCAACAUCCAGGCCGUGCUGCUGCCCAAGAAGACCGACAGCCACAAGGCUAAAAGCAAGUGAAACAAGUCCCAGGAGUGUUUCURCCUUAGAAGUAACCCAAAGGCUCUUCUCAGAGCCACCCACUUUCUCAUAAAAGAGCUGUACAUCAUACCAAAACAAAACUUGGAAAACGCCUAAGCUGUGUCCGUGRAACUCCAAAACAAACUAAAAACAACAAAAACACUCCAAAACCUUUGUAUUUUUGCUCUCAGAAAAAAACCACACCAACCCAAACCCCUUAUAUCUCAGCUUUUGAAAAUAAGAUUAAAUUAUAAGAAAUCCCAUUAUAUUUUAGCACAUUAUUGCUGGCAAAUGCAUACUAAAAGAGAUUUAUAUAAUGCRAUCACUUUGUAUAAAAAUUAAUCACUGAACUGGUGGGGGUGAGAAAGAUGCAGGGUUUGUUAACACUAGGAAAGAACCCACAGCCACAUGCCUCUCAUUU